AUUUCGACUUUCAGCACAAGGCGACCAAGCAAGAAGAAAGGAGGAAUUCGCACAAAACAAGUUAGAACACGAUCAAAUCCGAUUGCAUCUUAGACUGUAUUUAUUUACACUUAUUUAUUCCCGUGUCCAGUGCUGUGCAAUGAACUGUUCUCAGCUAGUUGCGAAUUUUGGCACUAUCAGUGAUUAUCUAUCACAAUAAAAACGGACUCAUUGAUACUACGGUGCGGUGUCACCAACCAAGUGAAUUUGUUUAUAUUUGGAAGAUUAGAGUUAUUUUCAUAUAAUGUGAUGUGAUAACAUUGCGAAUUAUUUCCUGUAAUUAACUAUCUUUACACCUUAUCAAUUAAAUCUAUUCUAGCCUGACAAUCCAAAAUGAGCUCCUCGCUGCGCAAGGAUUUUCAUUCUGUUAUCAGAAAUAAUCGUACGGUUCGAUCCACUUCGAGUAAAUGAAAAAAAACAAUUAAAACAACAUAACUAAAGAAAUUGUUCAACUUUCAUUAGAUUGUGGAAUUUACUAAAAAACAAUGGAGGACAAGGACACCAUGUGCGUUGGCAAAGAUGGACAGCGGUACAAAUUAGAGAGCAUGUACAAACAAGUACGGGAACUCUUGGGGGAAGAUUCUAACAUGAAAGAACAAGAGUUAAAGGUCUUCAUGCGAUCUGAAAUGUUUCUACAAGUUUGUCCCGACCUAUAUGAAGCCUUUAAUUCAAUGGAGCGUCGAAUUCAAGAAGAGAAGCAAGUACGUGAUGGCGGUUCGAGUAGUUCCGAGGUUGUAGUUGUGAAGCAAGAGAAAGAUGAUUCAAAACAAGAAGAUAAAAUCAAGACUGAUUGUAUAGAAAAUCUGAAAGAAAAUGAUAUAAAGUUGAAAUCAAAAAAUUAUUCCUCUAACCAUGCAGAUUCAUCUAAAGAUGAAGAAGAAGAAAAAGAGUAUCAUAGAAGGAGUAAAAAGAAAAAACACCACAAGAAAAAACAACGCACUGUUAGUUCUUCCAACUCUUCUAGCAGUGAUAGUGACACAAGUGCUCCUCGUGCAUCAACAUCCACUAAGCAUGCCCAUCACCAUCGUCAUCAUCAGCACAAGAAAAAAGAUAUUAAACCUGAAAUAAGCGAUAUUAAAAUUAAGCAAGAGGAGAAAAAGAAGCCUAAGGACGUAGGGGAUGCUGAAAAAAGCAGUCAAAAAGUUCACCCUUAUUACCUCGGACAAAGUGGACCAGUUGUUCCCCAAAAAGGAAAAUUAUUUGGAAGUAAUAAUCAUUCUAAUGAUGAGGGGGACAAAGAAUUGUUCAAGAGGAAGAAAAAAAUCGACGAGCAUCAAAAGAAAAAGACUUAUCAUCAACAGGAAGCGGCUUCGUCGUCGUCGUCGAAUUUUCGUCAGCCAAAACCUUGUAGCUUCUAUAAUAGAUCAGCUGCAAAGGUCGGAUCAGGAAAAAAUUGGAAACCUUACGAAGAUGCUGAAUUUAGUAAGUAUGAAAAGAAAUUUAAACUCCGUGAUUUGUCAGUCCUUUGUGUGGAUCUUGCCAACUUACACAAUGUUGUUCCACUGAAACGUCACUUGACGAUAACAACCCGGAAAGAAGAGGAAAUCGAGAGUCAAGAAAAAAUCAAACGCAAAUCGUUUAAGCAUGUCCUCAAGAGGCUCUACUCUAAAAACCGCAAGAGGGACAAUAAAUAUAAAAAACGAGCUAAAUACGAAGCUGACAGUGGAGACAGUAGUGAUCCUGUUGUUCCAAAUAACAGGGCACGACAAGGAUACAACAACAAGGUUACUGAAAAGUCUCACAAUACAAAGGUUGGCAGUGCGGCAUGGAAGAAAGACCAACGUCAAAAAAGUUUGGAACAACUUAGAGAAAAAAAUGAACAGAAAAACCGAACGACAAGAAAACUUCCCUGGGAAAAUGAUGAGUAUUUCGGCAAAUCAAGAAACUCUGGUCCUGAUGCAUCAAAGAAUAAGGGUAGUGCUAAUAACCAAAAGGAUAGACCUAAACCUGAAGUCAUUCUUCCAAAAAUACCAAAACGGAAUGCACCAGCAACUUCAGUUCAAAAUUUGCUUAAUCAAAUUGAGUCGGCAAGACUCAUGGUUGAGCAAAAACCAAAGGUGGAGCUGAAAAUCCCAAAGUUUUCUGAGACUCCUUAUUCAUACAGCACGAGACAGCAAAAAACAGUGACUCAAGGACUAGUUGCACAUGAAGUAGACAAAUUAUUGCGUUCGAAUACGACCGUCCAAUGUCCUGCGAUGACAAACCUCCAAUCAGAAUUGGCCGAGUACACCAUUAGAAAAAUCGGUUGGUGGUUACUUAAAGAAGAAGAAGACCCUCCCGACGAAGUGAUAUAUCACCCGGAAUAUUAUGACAAUAAAAUCUAUGAAGAUUGGUUCAAUCCUGAGGACCACCAAGAUGACGAUGACUGUUCUAUCGGAUGUGUCAGUGAUCCUGAAGGAACUGAAACAGAGAUUCCACAGGCGCCUACCUUUUUUGACGCUGACAAAUUAGAUGAAUAUGCGGGUUCUGCGACAUUGGAAUCAAGAAUUCUGCAAGUAACUAAGGAUGUCGAAACGGGUGUCGAAAAGUCUUUCUAUAAAAAGUUCAUUGCUAUUAAACCUGGUUGUAACUACGAAAAGGACAACUUUGAGGCAAAGUGCUAUAUCUGCAAAGAAAGUUUGAAAGGAAGGCGCGCACUAGGAGCACACAUUCGUGGAGAGGCCCACAAAAAUGAAUUCCGUAACUAUUCUCUAAAUUUUGCAAAAUACGAGGAAAGUGUAGUAAAGGUUCAGCCCAAAAAAAUAUUUGUCGCAAAGUUGAUAAAGUACUCUACUGACGAUAGCCUUACAAUCCCAACUCCAGACGUUACAAAGGACCAAGAGUCUAAGCUUGUUAACCCAGAAAUUAGUGCCGGAAUAGACGACAUUGACGGAUCAAAUAGUCCUGGGGCCGUCAUCGACAGCAACCACUCUCUUGCCCCUGAAGUAAUUCGACUCCAAGACAUUGAUGACGACUUGAGCUUACCUAGUUUGGCUGUCUUUGAUUUGGAGCCAGACAAUCAACAACUACGGGCUAAAAUUUGUCUUAGGACGAAUGGCCUUUGGACAGCUGAAAUGGAAAAGAAAUGGUUACAAAUGCAAGAAAAUGAGACUCGAAUUACGGGACAAUAUAACGAAACCCGUGAUAAGUAUAUAAAUUCUCCGGAUUCUCACCCUUUGAAAGAAGACGAGUGGAUAAAAUUUUGGGAACGAAGGUGUACAGAAGUUGAAGCUGAAGGGAAGAAUCCUGACGAUCAUGAUUAUGCUGGAGAAUGGGUUCCUUUCUGGUUAAAACGUGUCCAGGAAAUUAUGAAAGCGGAAUUUGAAAUGAAAAUGCAGUUAAUGAAGCAAGAACUUGGCCUGGAUACAACUACUCUGAUCAGCCGAUGCCAGCAAAACAAUUUAUCUCCAGAUUCGGUUGAAAUUGUUUGCAAUAAGGGAGACAACAAGAAGGGGAACAAUUCCAAAUCAAUCUCCAGUUCUGAUAUUAGGGGUCGUAAUUUACAACAGUUACCCACUCAAAAUAAUAAAGUUUGUGCCACGGGUCAACCACCGCCACCUCCUCCUCCACAUCUGUCAACAAGGGACAAUCGCAAGACUGCACCAAUGGUGACAUAUCCUACUAAAAAUACGAGUGAUUUCAAAGGUAAUCGAGGCAGAGAUGAACGAGGUGGUCACAAUAACUAUGGACGAACAAGAUCUCGCUCUCCCCCUGACCGUUACGGCCGUAAUAAUGAUCGUAGGAAUGAUCGAAAAAGAGAAUUUAGACGGACUCCCCCAAAACAUAAUAAUCAUAAUAAUCGACGGCCUUCUGAUGACGAUAAAGUGAAAAAGCCAAGAGUAUCGAAUCCAGACUCGGACUGGGAGUCAGAAGAACCACAACCAAAGGUUGAAAAAUUCGAUGCCAAUCCUGCACCUCUUUUAAUUGCAAUGAAUGGUGGUGAAAAUUAUAAUUCAAGAUGGUCUGCAAAGCCAAUUCAGCCACCUAUCCCUCCCCUCCCCCUCUGUCAACUCGUCCUCCCCCUCCACCACCUCCAGUGCUAAAAGACGAAACGGUACGAAAGGAUGAAACACGUCAGCAAUCUGGCCAUUUGGAAACAGCUCUGGCCGAGCUACAGGAAGCCAUUCAAUUUACGGAAACAAUAAUGUCACAUGAUUUGCCAGGAUCUAUAUGUAAUUUGCGAGGCGUUUC